AUGAUGGAGGACUUCAGAACACUCUUAGCGGCCAUGGGCACCCUGAUCAUUGAUGGCGCAUUGGCCACCGAACUCGAGGCCCGCGGCCACAACCUUGAUCAUCCUCUCUGGUCAGGCAUUGUUCUUCGUGACAGGCCAAAGGCCAUCCAGGAGGUUCACCUGAACUACUAUGUUGCCGGGGCUGACAUCGCCAUCACUGCUUCCUAUCAGGCUUCUCCACGAGGCCUCAAGGAGCAUUUCAACAUGAAUGAUGACGAGGCAGCCAACUUGAUCAAAGACAGCGUCAAGCUCGCGCAGCAAGCUCGUUACGAAGCAUACGGUCAAGGCAUCGAACGAAGGCUACUUGUGGCUGGAAGCGUAGGGCCACUUGGUGCUUACCUAGCGGAUGGGUCAGAGUAUCGUGGCGACUACGAGAGGACGGGGGAGGAGUUCAAAGCGUUCCACCGGCCCCGAAUCGCAGCUCUUGUGGACGCUGGCGCUGAUCUACUCGCCGUUGAGACUAUGCCCAAGUUCGAAGAGAUUCAGGCGAUACUGGAGCUUCUGAGCGACGAAUUCCCCACAGCAAUCGGAUGGGUGAGCUGCACGUUGAAGGAUGCCAAACAUCUCAGCGAUGGUACCCGACUGGAAGAUCUGCUGAAACAUCUGGAGCGACAUGCCAACCAAGUUGUGGCCGCUGGCGUGAAUUGCAUCCCUUCGGACCUCGCUCAAGGCGCACUCGAGCACAUGAGACCCCUCACGAAUCUGCCUCUGGUGUGCUAUCCCAACUCCGGAGAGACCUGGGAUGCUGAGAACCACAAGUGGCUCGGUAGAGAGUCGAAUGCUGACAUUGUGAAGCAAGCACUCAAAUGGGAGGACGCUAAAGCAAAACUGAUCGGCGGAUGCUGUAGAACUGGACCUCGUUAUCUUGAGGUCAUCUCCAGCGCACUUGCUGCCGGUCAUGUGUAG